AUCAAAGAGGAACGGCCACACCAAACAAGUCAUAACUCGUAUUUCUCAUAACGUUUCUGAUUGUAGAUAUGCAGAAAGGCGAGCGAGAGAGCCCAAAGGCCAAAUCCAAGCAAAAUCUUGAGCAGCUGAGAGCCAAGAGCUGAGACUUCUGCUAAGGUCACUCAACUGAAUCUUCGCCUAGUAACUCCUUUCCAAAAGCCAACAAAAAACCGCAUAUAUCAACGUACCCUUCACUCAUAUACACAUCUACUUCCAAUCUCAAGAUUUGCAAUCCUCAACGUCGACAUUUACUCUCAAAAACCCCAGCUUUUAUUCCCUCUUUUAGGUUCUCUGUAGCUUUUUUUUGGUGCUCAAAUCUCCCAUUUUUAUCUCGUCUUGCACAGUUUUUCAGGGUUUCAGCGUUCAAUUCUCUUUGCUUCCUUCAAUCUAGGGUUUUUUUCCCAGCACGCUUAACUUGGCUUGUUUUGGGUUUGGUAACUGGGAGAUUCCACCUUAUAGGUGAAGUCUGAACGUGUACUGGAGGCAAGCUUCAAAAACUGUUUUCACAUUGAAGAGAAUUUAAUUUCCUCUGAAAGUGAAGUGCAAGUUUCCAAAUCUUUUUCAUGUGAUAUUGCUUCAUCCUGCUUUCCACCAUUGAAAUAUGGAAAAUUAUGAUUGGAUCACAUUUUAGUGGCUAUAAUGAGUCACCCAUUUCAGUAUGGUUGCUGUUACAUCAUUUGUUGGAAACUUUGAGAGUUGCUUCAGACCUAUAUUUUCCUCAUGAACUUUCUGGCCUUGGCUCUAGGAUGAGAUGAGGAUCACCAAGGAUGAAUCCACAUGUAUUGCUGAACAAGUGGUUGACUUAAUUUCAGCAGUGAAAGAGUUACAUGGGCUUACCUCUCAGGAGCUUAAUAAAUUAAUAAGGGACUCUGAAAAUUUUACAAUUCACUUCCAAACUGAAAAAGGAUUACAGUUAAAGAUUGAUGUGGAAAAACUGGCAGGCUUUCUUCCUUUGCAUCUUAUAGCAGUGCUUGUGUCAUCCAACAAAGAUGAAUCACUGUUGAGAUAUUCAUUAUGUGGUAUUCGACUUUUGCAUUCCCUGUGCGACCUAGCACCUCGACAUACUAAACUCGAGCAGAUUUUGCUUGAUGAUGUAAAAAUUUCAGAACAACUGUUAGAUCUGGUGUUUUAUAUACUAGUUGUCCUUAGCAAUACCAGACAGGAAAGCCAUAAUACAAACUUGGUGCCCCUUCUGCAUUCAGCACUGGUGACAUGCAGUCUAUAUCUUUUAACAGGAUGUAUAUCAUCUCACUGGCAAGACCUUGUUCAGGUGUUGCUUGCACACCCUAAGGUUGACAUAUUUAUGGAUGCAGCUUUCAGAGCAGUAAAUGUAGCUAUCAGGUUUCUUCAGGUCAAGCUUUCAGCUCAACAUGCUGACUUUAACAUGGGAUCUAGUCCAACAGCUGAACAAGUGGUUAACUAUCUAUGCCAACAAUGUGAGGCUUCACUACAGUUUCUUCAGACAUUGUGCCAGCAAAAGUUAUUCAGAGAGCGCUUACUAAGAAACAAGGAACUAUGUGGAAAGGGUGGUGUUCUCUUUCUGGCCCAGGCUAUUUUGAAGUUAAAAGUUAGCACUCCUUUUCUGGAGUCUUCUACAGUUGUUGCUGCUGUGUCCAGACUUAAAGCUAAAGUACUAUUAAUUCUAUUGCAUCUCUGUGAAGCAGAAAGCAUUUCUUACCUCGAUGAGGUUGCAAGCUCUUCAGGAAGCCUUGAUUUGGCAAAGUCUGUUGCGUUAGAGGUUCUUGAAUUAUUAAAGGCUGCACUGGAUCCCAAGCAUCUUAGCUCUUGUUCUGAGAGAACUGUCCCCAUGGGGCUUCUGCGACUCAAUGCAAUGCGUCUAGCUGAUAUUUUCUCGGAUGAUUCAAAUUUUCGAUCUUACAUCACGACAUACUUUACAAAGGUUCUCACUGCCAUAUUUUCACUGCCACAUGGAGAAUUUUUAUCCAUUUGGUGUUCUUCUGAACUUCCACCAAGGGAGGAAGAUGCUACUCUGGAGUAUGAUUUAUUUACAGCAGCUGGUUGGGUUUUGGACACAUUUUCAUCAUUGAACUUAUCAAAUGCUUCAGAUAUAGAGAUUAUUUUAAUUCCCAGCAACAUGCCCCAAGCUGCAUAUGCUCAUCAGAGAACUUCAUUGUUUGUCAAAGUAAUAGCGAACCUUCAUUGUUUUGUCCCCAACAUUUGUGAAGAGCAGGAGAGAAAUCUUUUCCUUCACAAGUUCCUUGAGUGCAUGCGAAUGGAUCCAUCUGAAUCUUUGCCUGGAUUUUCUUUUACUUCUGGUGCUCACAAAGCCAACACUGUUUGCAGGAACCUGCGUUCAUUGCUAAGCCACGCAGAAUCUCUGAUUCCCAACUUUUUGAAUGAGGAGGAUGUACAGCUCUUAAGGGUUUUCUAUAACCAAUUGCAAUCAUUGAUUAAUCCUGCUGAUUUUGAAGAAAACCAAGUUCAAGAAAUCAAAUUUGAAAGGUCAAUAUCUUUGGAUAAGUUCUCUAAACUUGACAUCAACGAGCAUCAUCAGGAGGCUCAAAGUACAGCUGGGUACUCAUCAUCACCUUUACUGAAGAAGGAACGUUCAAGUCUUAACAACAUAAGCAGUAAUCAGAAAGAGGAGAUGUCUGAGAGUUCUGCUUUCCAGGAGGACCAGCAUAAUUUCAGAAAUGAGCACAUGAAUCAUGUUGAUGAUGCAACUAAGGAAGACAAGGAUAAAUCAGGUGGCACUGCAACUGCUGUUCUAAAAGAGAGUGACAGAGAUUUUCAGAAUGUUGAAACAAGUGGUUCUGAUACAAGUUCUACACGUGGUAAGAAUUUUGUUGGUCAAAUGGGGAAUGUUGACUUCCCCAAAUCAAAUGACCAUAUGAAAGAGAAUGGCCGUCAAGGAGUUCAAGAAGAUGAAAAAGUUGAACCCAUUCAGAUUGAAGAAAAGCAGCCAAGAAAACGUAAAAGAACUAUAAUGAAUGACUAUCAGAUGACAAUGAUUGAGAAGGCCCUGGUGGAUGAACCAGAUAUGCAGCGGAAUGCAGCUUCUAUACAGUUGUGGGCUGAUAAAUUAAGCAUCCAUGGUUCAGAAGUUACAUUUUCGCAGCUGAAAAAUUGGCUCAACAAUAGAAAAGCCAGACUAGCACGUGCGGGUAAGGAUGUCCGUGCAUCCAUGGAGGUUGACAAUGCUCAUUCAGAAAGGCAAAGUGGACCAGCAGUACGGCAUUCACACGACUCUCCUGAAAGUCAUGGUGAAGAAAAUGUUCCAUCAGGUGCAAGACUUAAUCAAAACUUAUCAAGAACUGGUACUGGUGAGAAUGCUGAAUUUGGUGGCCCUGGUGCUGCAGAUUUUGUUCGCUGCAUGCCAGGUCAAUAUGUUGUGCUUGUAGAUAAACAAGGGGAGGAGAUUGGUAAAGGAAAAGUAUUGCAGGUGCAAGGUAAAUGGUAUGGGAAGAGCUUGGAGGAAUCGGAGACGUGUGUUGUUGAUAUUUCCGAGCUUAAGGCUGAGAGAUGGGUGAGGCUUCCACACCCAUCUGAAGCCACAGGCAGUUCAUUUAGCGAGGCUGAAGCCAAGCUCGGCGUAAUGAGAGUGUUGUGGGAUUCAAAGAAAAUACUCUCUUUUCGGCCUCAAUGAUAUCUUUACUAGAUUUUUAGUGGAUAUCACAUUUUGUCACCAUCAGUAUAGUUUUUCCAAUUUAUUAGAUUCUAAUUAUGAUCAAGUUCAGGUUUUGUUUUA